GCAGUCAAAAAUCAGCUACUAGUUGCCAUCGUUUAUAAUACUAAUAAGUUUGUAUAAAUUAUGAGAGUUAGAGCACGACAAUAUUGAAAGAUAUUCCGAUCCAUCACGUGUUUGACUAAAGUCCCCAAAGAAUGGCCAUUCUUAUUCCCUUCGCUGUUUCUCUGGCAUUUCAUUCUUCUUCAACUCUCACUUUGUUUCCAGCUUAUUGAUAUUUUUGACAUGGGCAUUUGCUUUGGGAGUCCUGCAAGAAGUUUUCAUCCUACUCCUGGUAAUAAAGUAGCACCCGGUAGUUCAAACCCAGGUUUGAAUCAUCCAAACCAGCAAACAUGUUCAGGCAAGUGUGAAUGUGAUGCUCUAAUAGGAUUCAAAGGUGAUAUGCCUGUCUACAACAACCUCAAAUCCUUUACCGUCACUGACCUCAAAAAUGCCACUAAGAACUUCUGCACCGAUAGUCUAAUUGGAGAGGGAGGAUUUGGACAUGUCUUUAAAGGUUGGAUCAACGAGGACACGUUGUCUCCUUGCAAACCAGGAACCGGCACAGUUGUUGCUAUCAAAAAACUUAAGAUGGAUAGCUUUCAAGGUCACCGGGAAUGGCUUACGGAGGUCAACUUUUUAGGCCAGCUUCAUCAUGAAAAUCUUGUGAAACUAAUUGGGUAUUGCACAGAGUCUAUGAACAGGCUUUUAGUUUAUGAGUUCAUGGCAAAGGGAUGCUUGGACAAUCAUCUGUUUAAAAGAGGAGUGCAACCUAUGACAUGGGCUACAAGGAUGCACGUUGCAGCUGAUAUUGCACGGGGGCUAUCCUUCUUACACAGUCUCGAUGCCAAUGUGAUAUACCGUGACUUAAAGGCUUCCAAUGUACUAAUUGAUUCGAAAUUUAACGCAAAACUUGCAGAUUUCGGCCUCGCCAGGAGCGGCCCCAGUGGUGAUGGAACUCAUGUUUCAACUAGAGUUGUUGGGACUAUGGGCUACGCUGCACCAGAAUAUGUGGCAACAGGUCACUUGACUCCAAAGAGUGAUGUGUACAGUUUUGGAGUUGUUCUCUUAGAACUAUUAUCAGGAAAACGAGCAAUGGGAGAUGAGACUAUUGGAGGUCCUGAAGACAUGUUAGUCGAUUGGGCUAUUCCCUACUUAAGAGACAAUAGGCAGUUUUCGAGGAUCAUGGACACCAGGUUACGGGGUGAGUACUCGAGAAAGGGUGCACAGGCUGCAGCUUCCCUUGCAUUAAGAUGUCUCCAAACUGAUGCCAAAAACAGGCCAGCUAUGAUCGAGGUACAUGCGGCACUGGAACAACUCCAAGCAACGAAAGAUGUUUCAAGGAAUUCACCGCGAGCUAACACGAUAGAAUAUCACGUGAAUUGUACGUCAAGCCCUCAUGGAACAAGAUGAGGUGGAAGACUAUCAAGGUAGCUUGUGUUUAAAUCCCGCAGAAAAUCACACAUAAUAAAUAUAGUAUAGAGAGGAAAAUAAUUUGGGUUUCCUCAUAUUUCUAUACACUACACAAUUUUUGACAUAUCUCGUUGGGGAGUCGAUUUCCCUAUGUAAGACCUUAUGUAAGACAAUUACCCGCAUUAGGUAGGUAAGGAUUGUCAACUCAAUGCUGUUUGUAAAUAUUCAUGGAUUCUUUCAAGU